AUGGAGUCGAUUUCGGGGCUUGAGAAACGGCCCUCUGGAUUUUCAUUACCUGUCCUUCGCACCAGAUAUUCUUCGGGGGAAUGCUACAUUGCUGAAUCUAGUAGCAUUCUUGAGUAUCUGGAGGAUAUUUUCCCUGCGUCACGCGGUUUUGCAAACCUGCGGGGAGAAGAUUAUGUCCAAACAGCCAAGAUUCGAGACAUUGUACAGCUGGUCAAUGAGCUGCUGACUUGGUGCAAUGUCCACGUGCGUCACUCUACUGAAUUCAGCCUUCUGUGGAGUGGAAUGACAAAAGAACAACAAAGUCUCAUGGCCUCCGGAUACGCGAGACUUCAGAUCACAAAACUUUUGGAUAGGUUACAGCUUUGGACUGAAGGAAACAUUACAAAUAGCCUUACAGGAGCGAAACGUCCCAAUCUCGCGGAUGUGACGGUUGCGGCAGCUAAGACCUCCAUGGAAGAAAUUUACGGAAUUCAAAUUUUUGAAGGGUUUCCCAAAUUAGAUGCCUGGUGGAAUCAGUACAGCUCUAGCGAGUGGUUUGUAUCGAGGAGCGAGAUUGACUUGAUUGAGACAGGCAGGCUUCAGAUCCUGACACAAGGAGAUGGCAAUCAAAGCACCGAGAAGAAACCUUCAAGUAGGAUGGGUUCAUAUCGCUAUGGUGCACCUCGAUGA